AUGUCAGGAAGAGGUGCUGAUAAUACUAAUACGUCUGAUGUAAGAUCAGACAGAAUUGUUACCAAUUCUAACGGUCAACCAAUUAAUGAACCUUUUGCUACCCAACGUGUCGGCCAACAUGGUCCAUUGUUGUUACAAGAUUUUAACUUGUUAGAUUCUUUGGCUCAUUUCAACAGAGAAAGAGUCCCUGAAAGAAACCCUCAUGCUCAUGGUUCCGGUGCCUUUGGUUAUUUCGAAGUCACCGAUGAUAUUACAGAUGUCUGUGGUUCGGCAAUGUUCGAUACCAUUGGUAAAAGAACUAGAUGUUUAACAAGAUUCUCUACAGUUGGUGGUGAAAAGGGCUCUGCUGAUUCUGCAAGAGAUCCAAGAGGUUUCGCCACCAAGUUUUAUACUGAAGAAGGUAACUUGGAUUGGGUUUAUAACAACACCCCUGUUUUCUUCAUCAGAGAUCCUUCAAAAUUCCCACAUUUUAUUCAUACCCAAAAGAGAAACCCUCAAACUAAUUUGAAGGAUGCUAAUGCAGCUUGGGAUUUCUGGACUACUCCAGAAAAUCAAGUUGCCAUCCAUCAAGUUAUGAUCUUAUUCAGUGAUCGUGGUACUCCUGCUACUUACAGAAACAUGAACGGUUAUUCCGGUCACACUUACAAGUGGUCUAACAAGAAUGGUGAUUGGUAUUAUGUCCAAGUCCAUUUAAUCACAGACCAAGGUAUUAAGAAUUUGACUAAUGAAGAAGCUACUAAAAUGGGUGGUGAAAACCCAGAUCAUGCCCAACAAGAUUUGUUUGAAAAUAUUCAAAGUGGUAACGCUCCUUCUUGGACUGUUCAUAUUCAAACUAUGACUGAGGAACAAGCUCAAAAAUUAUCAUUUUCUGUCUUCGAUUUGACUAAAGUUUGGCCACACAAGGAUUUCCCAUUGCGUCGUGUCGGUAAAUUAGUUUUGAACGAAAACCCAGAAAACUACUUUGCUCAAAUCGAACAAGCUGCAUUUGCACCAAGUAAUACUGUUCCAUAUCAAGAAGCUUCUGCUGACCCUGUUUUGCAAGCUAGAUUGUUUUCUUAUGCCGAUGCCCAUCGUUACAGAAUUGGUCCAAACUAUCAUCAAGUUCCUGUUAACUGUCCAUACGCAUCUAAAUUCUUCAACCCAGCUAUUAGAGAUGGUCCAAUGACUGUCAACGGUAAUUUGGGUAGUGAACCAAACUAUUUGGCAACUUCUAAGCCAUAUCAAUACAUCCAAAAGGACAAGCCAAUCCAACAACAUCAAGAAGUAUGGAAUGGUCCAGCUGUUCCUUUCCACUGGGCAACUUCUCCAGGUGAUGGUGAUUUUGUUCAAGCACGUGAGUUAUACAAAGUUUUGGGUAGAACCCCUGGUGAACAACAAAAGUUGGCUCAUAACAUUGCUGUCCACGUUUGUUCUGCUACCAAAGAAAUUAGGGAACGUACAUAUGCCUUGUUUGCCCGUGUUGAUGAAGGUUUAGCUGAAGCUAUUAGAUCUGAAUCUGAACAAUGUGCCAACAAUGUUGCCAAAUCUAAAUUUUAA